GGGAUUCGGGCUCGUUUCCCCGGGGGGGCUGAGGAGGGAGAGUUCUUCCCCCUCUUCGGUGGGAUUUUCCUCCCCUGCCGGAAUGGACUUUCAUUGAUUCCGCCUACGUUUACUGACCAGCUCCCUGGGCGUAUUUGUGGUACUUCCUCCCCCCACCCCCUCCUGAAUAUAUAAUCUGUAAAAUGGAGAACGAAAUCUUUACUCCCCUUCUGGAGCAGUUCAUGACCAGCCCCUUGGUCACUUGGGUUAAAACGUUUGGACCUCUGGCUGCAGGAAAUGGGACUAACCUGGAUGAGUAUGUGGCUUUAGUGGAUGGAGUAUUCUUGGACCAGGUCAUGCACCAAAUUAAUCCUAAGUCGGAGAGUCAACGAGUAAAUAAAAAAGUCAACAAUGAUGCUUCACUUAGAAUUCACAAUCUGUCCAUUUUAGUGAAACAGAUAAAAUUUUAUUAUCAGGAGACUUUGCAGCAGUUGAUUAUGAUGCCAUUGCCAAAUAUCUUAAUCAUUGGCAAAAAUCCCUUUUCUGAACAAGGCACAGAAGAAGUUAAAAAGUUGCUUUUACUCUUACUUGGUUGUGCAGUUCAGUGUCAGAAAAAGGAAGAAUUUAUUGAAAAAAUUCAAGGUUUAGAUUUUGAUACGAAAGCAGCAGUUGCCGCUCAUAUUCAAGAGGUAACUCAUAAUCAGGAAAAUGUGUUUGAUCUGCAAUGGAUGGAAGUGACAGAUAUGUCUCAGGAAGACAUAGAACCACUCUUAAAGAAUAUGGCAUCACAUCUAAGAAGACUGAUAGAUGAGAGAGAUGAGCAUUCAGAGACUAUUGUAGAACUCUCUGAAGAGCGAGAUGGUGUUCAUUUUCUACCCCAUGCCUCUUCAUCUGCACAGUCACCCUGUGGUUCUCCAGGCAUGAAGCGAACAGAAAGUCGACAGCAUCUCUCAGUGGAACUGGCUGAUGCCAAGGCCAAGAUCCGAAGGCUUAGGCAGGAAUUGGAAGAAAAAACUGAGCAGUUACUGGACUGUAAACAAGAACUUGAGCAAAUAGAAGUGGAGCUGAAGAGGCUGCAGCAAGAGAACAUGAAUUUGCUUUCCGAUGCUCGAUCUGCUAGAAUGUACCGAGAUGAAUUGGAUGCCCUCCGAGAAAAAGCUGUUAGAGUUGAUAAGCUUGAAAGUGAACUCAGUAGAUAUAAAGAAAGACUACAUGAUAUUGAAUUUUAUAAGGCAAGAGUUGAGGAAUUAAAAGAAGAUAAUCAAGUUUUAUUAGAAACAAAAACUAUGCUGGAAGACCAAUUAGAAGGAACUCGGGCUCGUUCUGACAAAUUACAUGAAUUAGAAAAAGAGAAUUUACAACUAAAGGCUAAACUGCAUGAUAUGGAAAUGGAACGAGAUAUGGAUAGAAAGAAGAUUGAAGAAUUAAUGGAAGAAAAUAUGACUCUGGAAAUGGCACAGAAACAAAGUAUGGAUGAGUCAUUACACCUUGGCUGGGAGCUGGAACAGAUAUCCAGAACUAGUGAACUUGCUGAAGCACCACAGAAAUCCUUGGGCCAUGAGGUAAAUGAAUUAACAUCAAGUAAAUUAUUAAAGUUGGAAAUGGAAAACCAGAGUUUGACUAAAACUGUAGAAGAGCUUCGGAGUACUAUGGACUCUGCAGAAGGCACCACUUCCAGAAUCCUAAAAGUUGAAAAGGAAAACCAGAGACUGAAUAAAAAGGUUGAAAUUCUUGAAAAUGAAAUUAUUCAAGAAAAGCAAAGUCUUCAGAAUUGUCAAAAUUUAAGCAAAGAUCUAAUGAAAGAGAAAGCUCAGCUUGAAAAAACAAUUGAAACACUCAGAGAAAAUUCAGAGAGGCAGAUUAAAAUGUUGGAGCAGGAAAAUGAACAUCUGAAUCAAACAGUGUCUUCCUUACGGCAGCGUUCCCAGAUUAGUGCUGAGGCGAGAGUGAAAGACGUUGAAAAAGAAAAUAAAAUUCUCCAUGAAUCUAUCAAAGAAACAAGUGGAAAACUAAGCAGGAUUGAAUUUGAAAAAAGACAAAUGAAGAAGGAAUUAGAGCUUUAUAAAGAGAAAGGAGAGCGAGCAGAAGAACUGGAAAACGAGUUGAAUCAUCUUGGGAAGGAGAAUGAAUUGUUGCAGAAAAAGAUAACUAAUUUAAAGAUUACAUGUGAAAAACUUGAGACAUUAGAACAGGAAAAUUCAGAGCUAGAAAGAGAAAAUAGGAAAUUUAAAAAAACUUUGGAUGGCUUUAAAAAUCUCACUUUUCAAUUAGAAUCUCUAGAAAAAGAGAAUUCCCAACUUGAUGAAGAAAACUUAGAGCUGCGAAGGAGCGUGGAGUCUCUGAAGUGUGCGAGCAUGAAAAUGGCCCAGCUCCAGCUAGAGAACAAGGAGCUGGAGAGUGAGAAGGAGCAGCUUAAGAAGGGCUUGGAGCUCAUGAAAGCCUCUUUCAAGAAGACAGAACGCUUGGAAGUUAGCUACCAGGGACUAGACACAGAAAAUCAAAGACUUCAAAAGGCUCUAGAAAAUAGCAAUAAAAAAAUCCAAGAGUUAGAGAGUGAACUACAAGACUUAGACAUGGAAAAUCAAACAUUACAAAAAAGCCUAGAGGAACUGAAAAUAUCUAGCAAAAGACUGGAGCAACUAGAAAAAGAAAACAAGUCACUAGAGCAAGAGACAUCUCAACUUGAAAAGGACAAGAAGCAGUUGGAGAAGGAGAACAAACGACUCCGACAACAAGCAGAGAUAAAAGAUACCACAUUAGAAGAAAAUAAUGUGAAAAUUGGAAAUUUGGAAAAAGAAAACAAAACUUUAUUCAAAGAAAUUAAUAUAUAUAAAGAGUCCUGUGUUCGUCUAAAAGAAUUAGAAAAAGAAAAUAAAGAGCUUGUAAAAAGAGCAACUAUUGAUAUUAAAACCUUGGUUACAUUACGUGAGGAUUUAGUCAGUGAAAAAUUGAAGACGCAACAAAUGAACAAUGAUCUCGAGAAAUUAACUCAUGAGCUUGAGAAGAUAGGUUUAAAUAAAGAGAGGCUCCUACACGAUGAGCAGAGCACUGAUGACAGUAGGUACAAACUUUUAGAAUCAAAAUUAGAAUCCACUCUUAAGAAGUCCCUUGAAAUAAAAGAAGAAAAAAUUGCUGCUUUAGAAGCUCGGUUAGAAGAAUCUACAAAUUACAAUCAGCAAUUGCGCCACGAACUUAAAACAGUGAAAAAAAAUUAUGAAGCUCUCAAACAGAGACAAGAUGAGGAAAGAAUGGUACAGAGUGCCCUUCCAAUCUCUGGAGAAGACGACAAAUGGGGACGAGAAAGUCAAGAAGCGACUAGAGAGCUCCUAAAAGUUAAAGACAGGUUAAUUGAAGUAGAAAGAAAUAAUGCUACGCUGCAAGCAGAGAAGCAAGCACUGAAAACUCAACUAAAGCAACUUGAAACACAAAAUAAUAAUUUGCAAGCUCAGAUUCUUGCACUGCAGAGGCAGACAGUGUCGUUGCAGGAGCAGAAUACCACUCUUCAGACACAGAAUGCCAAACUUCAGGUUGAAAAUUCUACCCUUAAUUCACAAAGUACUUCACUUAUGAACCAGAAUGCACAGCUUCUAAUCCAGCAGUCUUCCUUAGAAAAUGAAAAUGAAUCUAUAAUGAAAGAGCGAGAAGACUUGAAAUCUCUUUAUGAUGCUCUGGUAAAAGAUCAUGAAAAGCUGGAACUUCUUCAUGAACGGCAAGCUUCAGAGUAUGAAUCUCUGAUUUCUAAACAUGGUACCCUAAAGUCUGCUCACAAAAAUCUUGAAGUGGAACAUAAAGACCUUGAAGACCGUUACAAUCAGUUAUUAAAACAGAAAGGACAAUUGGAAGAUUUGGAAAAAAUGAUCAAAAUGGAACAAGAAAAAAUGCUACUUGAAAGCAAAAACCACGAAAUGGUAGCUGCAGAGUACAAGAAGCUGUGUGGUGAAAAUGAUAGGUUAAAUCAUACAUACAGUCAGCUUUUAAAAGAGACUGAGAUUUUACAAACGGACCAUAAAAAUUUGAAAAGUGUCCUAAAUAAUUCUAAGUUGGAACAAACAAGAUUAGAAGCUGAAUUUUCAAAGCUGAAGGAGCAGUAUCAGCAGCUAGAUAUCACAUCUACCAAGCUAAAUAACCAGUGUGAGUUGCUCAGCCAACUUAAAGGAAAUUUAGAAGAAGAAAAUCGACAUCUACUUGAUCAGAUCCAGACACUAAUGCUACAGAACAGAACACUGCUGGAGCAAACUAUGGAAAGCAAGGAUCUCUUUCAUGUUGAACAAAGACAGUACAUUGAUAAAUUAAAUGAAUUGAGACGACAGAAAGAGAAAUUAGAAGAGAAAAUUAUGGAUCAAUACAAAUUUUAUGACCCAUCUCCUCCUAGAAGGAGAGGCAACUGGAUUACUCUAAAAAUGAGAAAAUUGAUAAAGUCCAAGAAAGAUAUUAACCGGGAACGUCAGAAAUCUCUAACACUAACACCCACUCGCUCUGACUCCAGUGAAGGAUUUCUACAGCUGCCCCAUCAAGACAGUCAAGACAGCUCUUCAGUAGGGUCAAACUCUUUAGAAGAUGGCCAAACCCUGGGGACCAAGAAGAGCAGCAUGGUUGCACUGAAAAGACUGCCCUUUUUGAGGAACAGACCGAAGGAUAAAGACAAAAUGAAGGCCUGCUACCGUCGUUCCAUGUCCAUGAAUGACCUGGUGCAGUCCAUGGUCCUAGCAGGAGGACAGUGGACAGGUAGUACUGAAAAUUUGGAGGUCCCUGAUGAUAUUUCAACGGGUAAAAGGAGAAAAGAAUUGGGAGCUAUGGCCUUCUCUACUACAGCCAUCAACUUUUCAACUGUCAACUCUUCUGCAGCCUUCCGAUCCAAGCAGUUGGUUAAUAAUAAAGAUACUACAUCCUUUGAAGAUAUAAGUCCACAAGGUAUUAGUGAUGAUUCUAGUACGGGAUCAAGAGUUCAUGCUUCAAGACCAGCCAGCCUUGAUAGUGGCAGAACAUCCACUAGCAAUAGCAAUAAUAAUGCUUCACUCCAUGAAGUCAAAGCAGGUGCAGUUAAUAUCCAAAGCAGGCCACAAAGCCACAGCAGUGGAGAUUUCAGUCUGCUUCAUGAUCAUGAGACUUGGUCUAGCAGUGGUAGCAGUCCAAUUCAGUAUUUGAAAAGACAGACCAGGUCAAGCCCAAUGCUCCAGCACAAAAUGCCUGAAACAAUAGAGAGUCGAGCCCAUCACAAGAUGAAAGCUGGCUCCCCAGGAAGUGAAGUUGUUACUCUACAACAGUUUUUGGAAGAAAGCAACAAGCUUACCUCAAUACAGUUGAAGUCCUCGAGUCAAGAGAAUCUUUUAGAUGAAGUAAUGAAAAGUUUGUCUGUCUCUUCUGACUUUCUGGGGAAAGACAAGCCAGUUAGCUGUACCCUGGCCAGGUCAGUAAGUGGAAAAACUCCAGGGGACUUCUAUGAUAGACGGACAACUAAGCCUGAAUUUUUGAGAACUGGUCCUCAAAAGACUGAAGAUGCCUACACCAUCAGCUCUGCAGGGAAACCUACACCAAGCACUCAAGGAAAGAUAAAACUAGUAAAGGAAACCUCUGUGUCAAGACAAUCAAAGGAUAGCAAUCCUUAUGCCACUUUACCUCGCGCAAGCAGUGUGAUCUCUACUGCUGAAGGGACAACUCGAAGGACCAGCAUCCAUGAUUUUUUGAGCAAAGACAGUAGACUGCCCAUGUCAGUUGAUUCAUCGCCAUCUACUGCUGGUAGCGGCAGCACUGCAGCAUCUAGUGAGUACCGUUUACAGCAGUGGUCCUCUGUCAUGCCGACACAUUCUGAAGACACAUCUGAGUCUAUUUAUACCCAGGCUAAAAAUUCAAGUUCAGGAAGGCCAUGUUUUCUAAACCAAACUUUUGCCACUGUUAAAAUGCCUAAUGAUGCAUUUGGAAUAUCAGAUGUGAACAAAGUACAAGAAAGCAGAAAUUCAAAAAGCAGGUCUAGGGAGCAACAAAGCUCCUAAUUCAGUGACCCACUGCAUGACAUGUGGGCGAGGGAGAGAAAAGUGUCCUUCAGUUUCUCAGUGUGAAGACUUUAUUUCUGAAGUAACAAGACACCUAGCAACUAUAGGAACUAUUAAAAACAGUAAGGAGAUUUUAACACAUCCCUUCGUGAUUAGAGCAGGGAAGAGAUAUAUAAACUCCAUUCUUCCUUGAAUCAAGGAGCACUACUGGAUUCAACUGCCAAAAGUUUUAGAAGGUUUUAGGACACUGUACAGUGCACUAAGCUCUACUGAAUAAAGGACAUUAUCUCACUAAGGACCGAGUGUUUUAAGGUCAAGUAUUCUAAGAACAGCCUACUUCUUUCAACAUUUGUUUAUUAAUUUAUCCAUGUUUGCUUAUUGCUUCUGCUAAGUAUUAUCUAAAAGCUAGCCAUUUAUAUUUAGUUGUAUAAAUCUAAAUUAAGUGCUGUAGUAUUUUGUGGAAUGUACUAUAUAUCAAGAUACAGAGAAAAUUGUUCUGGCAUGUCAGCCUUUUUUCAUUAGCAGACUGCAUGUGUUGGUACGCUGGUUAUUGUUUUCUAGAGCCAAUUGUUUGGAUGCACUGCAAAGGAAGCGCAAUUCAUAAAUAUGCAGUAAUUUCCAUAAUGAAAUAUAAGAAUUAUAAAAAUUACAUAUUAAUCUUACCACCUUCCCUGAUAAGCUGCACUAGGUAUUCACAAAUGGAUCCAAGAUAAAAUCAUUUUUCUGAAACUUUUUUUUAAUGAGAUGGUUUUCCAGCAAAUAGCAUUUACAAGAUAAAGUGAUUAUGUUUUUAACUCAUUUCCCUUCUUUGGUAUUGGGUUAUGUGUGUGUUUUUUUAAUGUGAGAGCUGAUUAUUGCUUAAGAAGUUUUCUUAUGGCAAAAUAAUGUAAAUAAUUUCUAUGAUCUACAUUUUUUCAGGAACUCAUUUAAUAUUAAGGUUGUCAUUUAGUACAAAGAAUUUUUCUGUUUUUGUCCUUUAUGAUAUGAUAUUAAACUUGAUAACUAUUAUAGGUAAUCUUGAAAUAUUUGUAUGUGUUUGUUACCUUAAACAUUUGAAAGAAGCACAAAAAAGUAGAUUUAGUUAUCCCAGAGAAACACCAAUUUUUUAGUAGUAGCAAUUUUAUAUCACAGUUUUAUUUUCUUAUGAAGUCAAGAAAACACAUUGCUACUCAUUAAGGCAAGUUCAUUAUUUAACAUAAAAAAACAGAAUAGUCUUUUGAAAUGAAAAAAUACUAUUUUUAUUUUAACAGUAUACUUCUUAAGCUCUUAUUACCAGCUCUAAAGAACUUUUUGGAAUAAUUAUGCAUUCCCUAAUGUGUGUUUUACAAACUGUGUAUCAUCACUAACCCAGUAGCCAUGACAGAAGUCUCUUUUCUUUGCUCCCCCAUCCUCCUCUUUUUGUUUCUCUCUCACCCCCACUCUCUGUAAUAGGUCACUAGCAGGUUGUGUUCAUAGCGACCUUUGGAAAGACCGUCAAUAAAAAUGACAAAAAACGUUUAGUUGCUCAGAAAUUGAAAGUUAGAGAACUUGGAUUUAUUUAACUCAGUGCUGCCAGAAAAUAAUGCUAUAAAAUUAAAUUACUUUGAAACUCUUGAAUGAAAGGUGCUAUUUAAAUGUAAAUACUAAGGAUUUACUGAAACACAGUACACAUACUAAAAAUCUUUUCUCUAGACUUUGAAAUCUUCGUGACUCCUUAGAUUCAAGUCUCAAAUUGGAAAAUGGGUAUCAUGGCAGUCUAGAAACAGUUGCAUGUAAAAAAAAAUGUAAAUUCACUGUUGGUUGAGAAGUUGAAAAUAAGUGUAGAAUUAUGUUUUAGCUUAAUAUAUAAGUGGGUAAGUUAGAUUUAUAUUAACUAGCAUCCAAUUUGCACAAUUAGCAUACAUCCCAGGACAGUUAAUGAGUGUGAGGUGACUAAUGAGGGUGAAUAGUAAAGCAGUUUGAACCUGCUGAGUUAACCAGCACUUCAGCCGAAAAGACUAUAUGUAUUAAAUUGGAGUAGGCCAACUCUGAGGAGAAAACUAAGAGAAUACAAUGAGACUAUUACAUUAUUUUCAACAUUAAUUGCCUUCCUCAUACCAAUUCAAGAAAGGACUAUCUGAUAACCACAUGACUUUUGUUUUCUUCAAAAUCUACUUCAGAAGCAGACUUUGUAGGAAGCUAAGCCAAAUGGAUAUGAAUCCAAACCAUUUUUCUAACCAAGCCUAAAUCCACCGAUCUGGUGCUAUUCCUAAACCUCUAUGAACACUUUAAAAAUUAGAAUAACAGCACCAGCCCAGAGCUCUGAUAACAUGCCUCCUAGCUAGCCAUGGAAAUGUUUUGGUUCAAGUUUUCUUGAGUUGGUGGUUACCAAAGAGUUCACGAGACAGGUUCAUGUGUAGCACCUUUCAUGCAAGGCAUGUUAAAAGCCUAUUUAUAAAUCACUGUGUAUAUUAUAGAAUUGUAACCACCUCACAAAUGGAUUACUACAACCCGAACUGUCUUAACAGUUUAUGUCAGGAAGUAAAAUUAAUACUGUACCAAAUCUGGAAUUGUGAUGGGGAAUUAUGUAUUCUAAAUUACUUUUGUACUUUAAGUUACUUUUUAUGAAAAAAGUGAAUUGUCUUUCUUUUCAGCUAUUUGUCCUGAGAUGUAUUUUUUCUUUGAGUCUUGAAUAUGAGUAGUAGUACAAAAAGAGCCCAUUUUAUAAUAUAAACCUUGUUAUACAGGUUAAGCUAUUUGGACAAUGAAAACACCUUAAAAGGAAUGCUUAAUGGGUAAUGUUGCACUUAUAACAUCCUUUAACAAAACCUGAUUUUAAAUUGUCUUUUUUAUUUGUUUUCAGUGUUUGCCAUUGUACUCACAACUGUUAUUAAAUACCAAAUCAAAUAAUAUAAAAAGCUGUAACAUUUCCUUUAAAAUUAAUGCUAGUAAGGGAGGUAGAGUUGAAUGGCAAAAUGACUUUCCUCGGUGGUGCCUGAUGUCCGUCACAGGAGUCCAUGCACAACAAGACACCAUUGAGUUGUCUUUUACAGUCACUUUCUUUUUCUUUGAUUCUCCUUAAAAAUAUAUAUGUUGGACUAACUGAUAUAAACAGAAAUAAAAACAAAAGGUAAUUUUUUAACAAA